UUCUGCCCCUCCCUCUGCGAAGGCGCUGACCGCACUGGUCCAUUGCCAGUCGCUUCGGUGAUUUCGGUGAGUUUAGUCGUGCGUUUCGAUGGACGAACCAUUGUCUUUGGCUUCUCAGACAGCAUCUGCACCCAGCUCCAUUGGACGUCCACGCAGGUAUGCGAACGAGGCCGAGAACACGAAGAGGCCACAUCUGUGGGCAUACCAAGGUGGCCACUACCUCCUCUGGCCGAACGAAGGUCACCACCGAGGGUGACCGAGGGUCACCAAUUUAUUUGACGUGGAAUUGCGUACUCAGCGCCAGCCGAAGCCAGUAUUCAAGCAUCAUCCUCGGGAUCGUUGACUGCUUCGAAAGCGAGGCCGAAAUUGUCAGGUAUGAGCGUCAACUUCCCGCAACGGCCUUCUUUCAUCUCCUCUGCAACGUGAAUGCAAUUCGAAUCGAUGAAACGGAUGGAGCAUAUAUAGACCUUCUUCUCAUAAACCAUCUAGACAUUCCAUCAAGUGAACUUACUGGCGAUAACUUAAAGAGGCAAAGGUUUUCAUGUAUGAGCGUCUACUUCUCGGAAAUCGAAGGAACGGAUGGGGGAUAUGUCGAUGUUCUUGCCAUAAUCCAUCCCGACGUUCCUCCAAAUGACGUUGCUGACAAUAACGUAAAGCCUACAAUUUCGUAUACACGAAUGGGCACACUUACGGUAUUGUGUAUUCGAAGAGUAUGUCACACGUGGAGACUCAAUUUCCGGAGACCUACUCCACGGCAGGCACGAGGUUGAAUGUCAGGUAUGAGAAUGUACUUCUCGCAACGGCCUCCUUUUAUCUCCUCUGCAACGCGAAUGCAAUUCGAAUCGAUGAAACCGAUGGAGCAUAUGUGGAUCUUUUUCUCAUAAACCAUCUAGACAUUCCAUCAAGUGAAGUUACUGGCGAUGACUGAAAGAGGCAAAGGUUUUCAUGUACGAGCGUCUACUUCUCGGAAAUCGAAGGAACGGAUGGGGGAUAUGCCGAUGUUCUUGCCAUAAUCCAUCCCGACGUUCCUCCAAAUGAAGUUGCUGACAAUAACGUAAAGCCUACACUUUCGUAUACACGAAUAGGCACACUUACGGUACGGUGUAUUCGAAGAGUAUGUCACGCGUGGAGACUCAAUUUCCGGAGACCUACUCCACGGCAGGCACGAGACCGAAAUUGUCAUGUAUGAGCGUCUACUUCUCGCAACGGCCUUCUUUCAUCUCCUCUGCAACGCGAAUGCAAUUCGAAUCGAUGAAACGGAUGGAGCGUAUGUGGAUCUUCUUUUCAUAAACCACCUUCACAUUCCAUCAAGUGAAGUUACUGGCCAUAACGUAAAGGUCAUGCUUGGAACAGAAUACCGGUUCUUACACACAGCUGCUAGCGGAUGAGUUCACUUCGAGAAGUUCAUCACUGAAUCUCCGAAAGCGUGGCCUAAGAGAAAGAAAAAACGAACUGCGAAUAGGGAAUUCCUCAUUUUGUGGAGACGAUCAACGCUGCACGGUGACG